AUGAUAGAAAAUAAAUAUUCUUAUCGAGAUUCAAAGUAUAUCAAAGAAGGUUAUCCGGUUCCUUAUUUAACUAAUAAAGUUUCUUUUUAUGGCUUAUCUUUUUAUAUAAAAAAAGGAGUUUUUAUCCCGCAAAAGGAUACCGAAAUAUUAGUGACAAGGACUUUGGAAUUAGCUGCUAAAAUUUGGGGACAAAAAGAGCAAUUGAAAGUUUUGGAUAUUGGCACUGGUUGUGGCAAUAUCGUAAUUUCGCUAGCGAAAAAUAAGCCUAAUUGGAAUUUUAUAACGGUUGACAUUAAUGCAAAAGCCCGCCAAGUAGCAAAAAAAAAUGCGGUCGCUUAUCAGUUGAAAAAUAUUGAGUUAAUCGAAAGCAAUCUAUUUAAUAAUGUCAAGGGGAGAUUUGACCUAAUUGUUGCUAAUCCUCCUUAUGUCAGCAGUAAUGAAUAUGAAGACCUUUCUCCCGCGGCCAAAGCCCAACCCAGAGAAGCACUAAUCGCCCCCAAUGAUGGUUAUUUUUUUUACCAAGAAAUCUUUCGCCAAGCCGGUAAUUUUCUGGCUAAGAGAUUUUUAUUAGUGGUAGAAAUAGGCUAUCAGCAAGCCGAAAAAGUUAUAAAAUUAAUAAUAGAAUACUUGCCCCAAGCUCAAGUAUCUAUUUAUCCCGAUUAUGGGAUGAUUAAGGAAGAUUUAAUUAAAGGUGAGGAUAUUAGUUUCAAGGGCUAUUUUACUUUAAAGCGAUCAAAACAAUUACCACAUAUUAGCAAGUUUUGCGGUAAUCAUACGAGACAAAUGGAUGAUUUUAAGAAUAAAAAUAAAGGCAAAGAUUUGAAAUUUUUUGUUAAUUCUUCUUCAUUCAAAAAAAUAAAGUCAGAAAUAAAAGAAUGUAAUAGCUGUAAAACUCAAAAACAAAAAAUAGUCAAAGCAACUAAACUUCUCCCAAGAGUGUUCAACGGUAGAACCUUAGCCUUCCAAGCUAAUGAUAAGGGUACAGAAUUUACAAUAAAAAAUAUUAAUACAAAGGCAAAAGCCAAAGACAAAGACGGUGGUAAGGAUGUAGAAUAUAAGAUUGAGUAUGAAAACAAAGAUGGUAACGAUAAAGUAAAGGUUGACAACAAAAAAGGAACACACAAAAUUACUGCUAAAAGUAUUAAGAAAAUAGUAGAUGGUAAAGAGUCAGAUGUGAUUAAUAAAGAAAUAGAAAUUAAGAAAGUAGAUGGUAAAGAGUUGGAAAAACCUUGUGAGGUUAGUUUUUCAGGAAUGAAUAGUAUCAGACCGACUACGUGGAUAUUAAUUUUUGUUGCUGUUGUGCUAGUAGUUGGAGUUCAGGAAGAGGAAUUUGCCUCUUUUCUGCAAAAUAACCACGAUAAACUAGUACUGGUCAAGUUUUCUACUACUUGGUGUGCUCCGUGCCGACUUUUACACGAAAAUAUCAGGGAAUUGUUGACGGAGUUGGAGCAACCAGUGGGACAACGGAAGGAGGUGGUGGUGUUAGAAGUGGAUGCUGAAAAAUUUCCACAGUUAAGGAAUCAAUUCAGCGGAGGUGUAGUUCAAUUGGUAGAACAUCGGCCUUCAGAUCCGAUUGUUGUGGGUUCAAGUCCUGCCGCCUCUGCCAACGCUACUGAAGUGGAUAAUGACAGCAAUCGAGUUAAAAUUGAAGGGAGUCCUGCGAAAACAUUAGAAGUAACCGUAGUAGAUGAAAAUGGUAGUCCAAUAAAACGGCAUACAGACGUUCUAAAAAAUAAACAUAAGGAUAAAGAUACUUUAACAGUAAAGCCCGGAAAAAAGGCCGAGUUUGAGCAAGCAAAGACCGAAAUUCAUAAGAAUUUAUUUGAGAAAGAAUUUAGUAGUGAUGAAAUUGAUAAAAAGAAAGAUGUAGCGGGAGGAACAAACAUGAAAUAUAUUAUUUUGCGGGAUGGAAGAGGACGUUAUAAAGUAAAUAUUUAUAAAGAUGAUGAGAAUGAUGUCAGCGAAUUUCCUUGGGAACGGUUAGAGGUUGUGCCCCAAUUUUACCAGAACAAGCAAGCAGACUUUGAUAAUGUUUUCACUAUUGAAUAUCAAGAGGAAGACAAAAAACCACAAUGGACUGCCGGUGAACGAGAACAAGAAAAGAAACAAAUAACUAUCAGUUGUUCGUAUUGUAAUCAACAAUAUCAAACAGUCUCCACUUCUUCCCAAGACAUUUCUAAUAGCAGUUGCAGUAAUUGCAAUCCCUUUUAUAGUGGUGCUUUGGCUAGUGAAAUAAGUGUAGGAGCUGUUGAGAAGUUUCGCCAACGAGAGCAAAAAGAAGGAGUUACUUCUUUGUCUCAUUUGGGAAAUAUCGAAGCAGAAAGAUUAGAGGGUUCCUUAGAAAUAAAAGAUUUUCCGAAACUCCAAGAAAUUUCCUUGCCUUGGAACGACAUAACCAGUUUGAAAAUUAGUAAUUGUCCUUUUCUCCACACUAUUAAUUUUCAAGCAAAUAAAUUAACAAAAGUUGAGUUAGAAGGUCAAUUCAAUUUUGUGAAAGCGAUUAAUUUAAUGGAAAAUGACCUUACUGAUAUUAGUUUUCUGGAUGGCAAAUCAGUUUUUUUAAACAGGGUUGAAGAAUUGUUUUUGAGCGAUAACAAAAUUGCGACACAAAAUUUAGAUGUCUUUAAAUUUAAUUUUAUUUUUGGAGCCCCCGUAAGAGACCUGAGAAUUGGUUGUAGUGAAGCAGGAGCAAGAAAAGGAAAAAGGAAUAAUUUCUUUGGUUCUCUCGCCUCUUUUUAUCAAGCCGUUGAUUUAACUUGUGAGGUUCGACGAAGUGGCGAUAAAGUAAAAACUAUUGCGGACGAAUUAGCCCCAUUGAAAAGUUCAAGUAGUGAUAUCAUUACUAUUGACAAAAAUAUUUAUCAAAACCUCAAAAAUAGUUCAAACACUACAUUAUGGGAAGCCAAAGACUUAUGUGAGCAGGCCAUCCGAGUAAAAAGCCCAGACGGAGAAAAAUUUCCGGAUGAAAUCGCUAAACUUUAUUGGCAAAUUAGAGCAGAAUUAGAUAAAAAAUUUGGAGGAUUUAUUAAUAAAGUCCAAAAUAAAGAAAUUAAGAAAGAAGAAGUAACCGACCAACAAUUGAGCGAUUUAGAAACGAUUAUUACUUUGGAGGAAACUUAUGCUAGAAGUCUUCACAAAGCUGGUUCCUUUGACCAACAAGAACUUCGAAAUAUUAUUGCUGGUUUUAAUGGUUUGAGACAAGAAAUAGAAAAGGAAAGAACUCGGCGGGCUAACCCCCAAGACAAUUCUGCUCCCAGCGACAGCAACGGUGGCAAUGGUCCUGACCCUCUUUUUGGCAAUACUCCAAUUAAUUUACCAACUGAUAAUGGGACCCCUCCUCCGACUCAUUCUCCGACACAAGAUAAUCCGGAUAAAAACUCUCCUGGUAAAGAUAUUCCUGCCCCUUCUAAAAAUGAUAAUAAUAGUCAAGGUCCCACUAAGCAGCAAAAUGACGAUAAAAUAAAUCAAAGCAAAGACAUUGCGGAGACACGGGAAAAUGCCGAACAAAUCAUUACUGAACUGCUGCAAAAAAGUAAAAUUAAUACGAGCGAACUAGAUAAAAGUUUAUGA